AUGGCUUCCGCAAAAGUGUUGUACUUUUCUGGCGAAAUUCCACAGGGUGAUCCACAGGGAGACCAGCAGGAUCUUUUCAGGAAAGUUCGUUUGCUUAGCAAGGAGAAGAAUCACCCUAUCCUUGCCUCGUUUCUCGACGCGGUCACUGUCGGCCUGAAGAACGAAUGCAGUCAACUAAGUCGAGACCGAAGAAGGGUGCUCCCAGCGUACGAAAGUGUCCUGGACCUGACUGAGCAUGUGAUCGACGUGAGGAAGACUUCGAUUGGAGGUGCGAUUGAGCGAGUUUUGUCCCUGGUGUACCAUGAGAUCCAUCCUCUGGAAUAUGACUUCAAUGCUUCCAAUACAUUUAUCAUUGGAAGAGGCCCAGGAUUGCUGUCAGGGGCCGCCAUUGGCCUUUCUCCUCGGUUAUUCAUGAUACCGAUCGUCACAGAGUAUCUCGUCCAAGUCGCCUUUCGGUUUGGGAUCGUGGUCGAUGAAGUUUGUCGCUCGUUAGAAACUUCACCAGACGAGAUCAACGCUGAUGGAGCGUGGGUAUAUUGUGCUCAUGGAGCUGAUGAGACAGCGGCUCAUGAAGCAGUGGCUCGGUUCAAUACUGAAAAUGGUUUCUCAGAGACAAGUAUGGCCUCAAUAUUCAACGUAGACGGCAACUCCAUCAGCAUUGGCGGUCCACCUUCGACGUUGAGGGCCUUGUUCUCGGAGUCAGAAUUCUUCAAGUCGACAACAAAUGUACCGAUGCGGAAGAUCCAAGGAUCCUGGCACUCAGCUAAUGCUUACGGCAUUGAGCAUGUCAAGCAGGCAGUGCCUCAGAUCGAGGGUGAUCACCAGAUGCACCUCCCUCUUUUCUCCCCAGUAACCGGAGAGCCAUUCGCCAUGGCAGAUGCCACGUCUCUGCUUCAUAACAUCAUGGAAGAGAUGCUGACGCAGAGAAUACACUGGGACCUGACCAUCGACGCGGUGACCACUCGAUUGAGAGCACUGUCGCCUGAAUCUGUUAGGCUCAUCAGCAUCCAGCCCUCACACUACGUCGAAAGUCUUCUCACACACUGGAGAGAUCAAGUCCCGGGGGCCACCUCGUCCGCACAAGACAUGAUGUCGGCGGUAAUGGAAGCACCAUUGGGGACGAGCAGAGCUAGAGACGCAAAGUCUUCCAAGAUCGCGGUCGUUGGAAUGGCGUGUAGAUUCCCUGGAGGUGCUGACAGUACCGAGAAGUUCUGGGAACUGUUAGCACAGGGAAAAGAUGUUCACACGACUAUUCCGCCGGACAGAUUCAAUGCCGAGACUCACGUCGAUCCAUCAGGGCAGAAGUUGAACACAUCGAAGACGCCAUACGGUUGCUUUGUCGAUAAUCCAGGGGCUUUCGAUGCGACGUUCUUCGGUAUGAGUCCGCGUGAAGCUGAGCAGACAGAUCCAAUGCAUCGGUUGGCCCUUGUCACUGCGCAUGAAGCCAUGGAGCACGCCGGCUUCGUUCAUGGUCGAGGGAUACAUAACCGUCGAGUGGGUACUUUCUACGGCCAAGCCAGUGACGACUAUCGCGAGGUCAACUCGGGUCAGGAAGUUGGGACAUACUUCAUUCCUGGUGGCUGCAGAGCGUUUGCUCCUGGACGGAUCAACUACGCCUUCAACUUCUGGGGUCCUAGCUUCAGCGUGGAUACGGCGUGUUCGUCCAGUCUGGCGGCGAUACAAGCAGCUUGUACCUCUUUAUGGAGUGGCGACGUGGACAUGGCUCUGACUGGAGGUCUUAACAUUCUGACCAAUUCAGAUGUCUAUGCAGGUCUGAGCAUCGGACACUUCCUAUCUCCCACUGGUAAUUGUAAGACCUGGGACGAGGGUGCUGAUGGAUACUGCAGAUCUGAUGGCGUUGGUAGUGUCGUCUUGAAACGACUGGAAGACGCAGAAGCCGACAACGAUAACGUCUUAGCCGUCGUACUUUCGGCAGCAACUGACCAUUCCGCAGAGGCCGUAUCGAUCACUCACCCGCAUGACCGAGCCCAAGCACAUCUCUUCACCCAGGUAGCCAGACGAGCCGGCAUUGAUCCACUGAAAGUGGGAUAUGUUGAGAUGCAUGGAACCGGCACACAGGCAGGCGACAAGAACGAGAUGACUUCUGUUACAAGCGUCUUUGCGCCAGAGAAUCGCCGGGGUGGUGCAAGUGAUGUCCCAUUGCAUGUAGGCACCGUCAAGUCGAGCUUUGGCCAUGGAGAGGCAGCUGCUGGUAUCAUGGCAUUCAUCAAGACCAUGUUGGUGUUCCAAAAAGGAGUCAUACCUCCUCAUAUCGGGAUCAAGACAGGUCUUAAUCCGACUCUACCUGACUUGACGAACCGCAAUGUAAUCAUCCCAUACAAGGCCACGGAAUGGAGAUCUGGAAGCGAACAUCGACUCGCAAUGGUGAACAACUUCGGGGCUGCUGGUGGGAACACUUCCAUCAUUCUGGAGGAAGCAAAGCCUCGACCCAGAUCCGGCGAAGACCAGCGACUUUUGCACGCCAUCACCGUCUCAGCCAAGACGGCCUCCUUCCUUCACGAGAACCUCAAGCGCCUGGUGGAGUACAUGGAAAGCGAGUCUGCGUCAUCCAUUGCUGAUCUCUCGUACACGCUCUCAGCCAGGAGAGCACAUUACAACUACCGAGCUGCAGUCAACGCCAGUUCUCUUCCAGAAGCCGUAAAUCAGCUCAGGCCUCACAUCGGGACCUCACUGACCCAAAAGCCGCACUCAGGCAAGCUACCACCCAUUGCCUUUGCCUUUACAGGACAAGGCACAUUCUAUGUCGGCAUCGGCAAGCAGCUGUACCGAGAUUGUGGUUUCUUCCGCCAGCAGCUGGUUCAUCUAGAUGGGCUUGCCAGACGCCAGCACUUCGAGUCAUUCUUGCCUGUCAUUGAGGGCACAUGUGAGAAGAGCCAUGUUUCGACGGAAUCAAUGCAUUUGUCCAUCGUGUGUGUUGAGAUUGCUCUGGCUCGACUUUGGGAGUCGUAUGGCAUAAAACCAAGCGUGGUCAUCGGGCAUAGCCUGGGAGAAUAUGCUGCGCUUGCCGUCGCGGGUGUCGUCUCUGACAGUGCUGCCGUCUUCUUGGUUGCCACCCGGGCUCGUCUUCUGGAUUCAAAAUGCAGGACUGCAACGGACGGGAUGCUGUCCGUGACCACAUCCGUCUCAAAUGCCCGAGAAGUAGCAGGCGAUUUCGAAAUAGAGAUUGCGUGCAUCAACAGCCCAAACGAGACAGUCGUCGGAGGCCAAAGCUCGGUUCUGGAUUCGAUUGCGGCGAAAUUGAGCCAGGCGGGCCACAGGACAUUUCGUCUGCCGGUGGCGCAUGCAUAUCAUACCCGUCAAAUGGAUAUCAUCCUGGACGACUUCAUGAACAAGGCCAGAGCGGUGGUUUGCAAGAAGCCUCGCAUACCCAUCAUAUCUCCACGCCACGUCAGAGUUGUAACGUCCGUGGAUGCAGUUGAUGUCUCGUAUCUGGCCGGGGCUACGCGGGAUACUGUCGACUUCGCCGGUGCGCUCAACAACGCUUGGGAUACAGGUGUCGUUUCUGAUGCUACCAUUUGGGUUGAAAUGGGCCAUCAUCCAACUCUGUGCGGGUUCAUCAAUCGAACGCUUCCAGCGACUCGGCUCGCUUGCCCCAGUCUCCAUCGAGAUCAGGACGGUUGGACGACUAUCUCCAAAGCGAUGUGUGCCUUGUACAAUGUUGGAGUACAACUUUACUGGAAUGCGUUUCACCAGCCUUUCGAGAAGGCACUGCGAUUGGUGGACGCCCCGACCUAUGCCUGGAACAACAAGAACUAUUGGAUCCAGUAUCGAGGCGAUUGGAAUCUGACGAAGGCACAAAUCGUGCCUGAAUCCAAGCCACCAGUGAGAGGUUUCUCAACUUCCAGCAUUCACCAGAUCUUGUCAGAGCAAUACAACGAGUCUUCGGCAGAAAUCACAGCUGAGACUAUCAUAACGGAUCCUUCGCUCCAGGAAAUCGUUGACGGCCACGCCAUGAAUGGGCACGGCGUCGCUUCUUCGUUUCUUCACGCUGACAUGGCUUUCACCUUGGCCAAGCGCAUCAGUGACCAAGCGUUGCCCACUUCGGUCACCCGAGGUCUCAAUGUUCGUAACUUCGAGUACCAUGAGCCUGUAGUCAAGCAGCAAAAGACGAGCGAACUCCAGCCCAUCAUUGUCUCCGCAACAGCCGACCUUGACAGGCAGCAAGUAGAGGUCAAAUGGUUCAAUCCCGCGAAGGAGUUGUGGUACUGCCAUGCCACAGUCUCGUACGAGGACACCUCAUCUUGGCUUUCAGAUUGGGCUCGUUCGUCGAAGCUAAUCACAAGUCGCAUUCAGGCGCUCAAUGCUAUGGCGACCGCGGGAUCUGCAAACCGACUGACGACCGGUCUGGCAUACACGCUUUUCGGAAAGCUUGUGAAUUACUCCUCGAUGUACCGGACGAUGGAGUCUGUGAUCCUCAAUGAAGAUGAAGCCGUGGCCGAUGUCGUGUUCCCGGAAGACACCAGUGGUUCUUGGACUAUCCCUCCACAUUUCAUUGAUGGAUGCGUGUCGCUAUCCGGUUUCAUCUUGAAUGGUGGCACUCACUUCGAGAACACAAAGAACUUCUACAUCACUCCAUCGUGGAAGUCGAUGCAGUUUGCGAAGCCCCUGACACCCGGUGCUCGAUACCAGGCCUAUACCAGAAUGAUUCCAACGGGAGGCAACUCCUUUGCGGGCGAUGUCUACAUCCUUGAGGGAUCGGAGAUUGUUGGACUUGUGGAAGCCAUCGUCUUCCUGCAGUGGCCGAGAGUCAUGCUAGGGCGCUUCUUCAGUCCCCCAGACGCAAGCAAGCAGAAGUCGGCAGGUCCGGCUGCACAUGUCAAGCCAACAGUGCUCUCCAAACCUGCAGCUACGCCAGCCCGUCCGUCGAAACCCUCAAGCACGCAGCCCUCCUCAAUGCCGAUGACUCCACAGCUCGAGCUAGGCAUCUCAACUCCGGAAUCUACGAGUGCUAGCGCCAGCUCCUCAGACGAUGGCCUGGACAACGCAGGAAGCAAGGACGUGACGGACCAAGCUCUUGUCAUGAUCGCAGAAGAGCUUGCCGUCGACAUUGGCCAGCUCACCGAUGAAGUCGAGCUAUCCGAUCUUGGUCUCGAUUCGUUAAUGUCGCUUGUACUUUCACAGAAGCUUCGUGAUGGACUGGCGAUCGAAAUGCGUGAUGCGUUCUUUCUGGAGGUGGAUACCAUCGGGGAGUUGAAGAAGCUGCUUCACUGA